UCUACAUGGCAGGGAUCUAUGAUGACGUAGAGGUGCAAACAGGAAGUAAAAACAGCACGCUUCAUGUUUCCUCCACACGUUUCAGCUGCUGUCGUCAGUGUUCCUCUUCAUACAUGCUGAUUGUGUCGUAGAGGCUGUUGUUAUCUGAGCGUCUCCCUGAUGGCGCAGCUGAGCUUCAGGAACAUCACGGCUCUGGCUCCGAUGGUCCGGGUCGGCACGCUCCCCAUGAGGCUGCUGGCGCUGGAUUACGGAGCUGACGUGGUUUAUUGUGAGGAGUUAAUCGACAUCAAAAUGGCCCAGUGUGAGAGGGUGGUGAACGAGGUGCUGCACACGGUGGAUUUUGUCGCUCCAGAUGAACGAGUGAUGUUCAGGACGUGUGAGAAAGAGAAGGAGAGAGUCGUCUUCCAGAUGGGAACUGCUGACCCGGACAGAGCGCUGAUUGUUGCCAAACUUGUGGAGAAGGAUGUGGCCGCCAUCGAUGUGAAUAUGGGAUGUCCCAAAGAAUACUCCACUAAGGGCGGCAUGGGAGCGGCUCUUCUGUCCGACCCCGACAAGAUCGUGGCGAUCCUCAGGACGCUCGUCACAGGAGUGUCGAUCCCCGUCACGUGUAAAAUCAGGAUCCUGCCCACGGUGGAGGAGACGGUCAGUCUGGUGCGGAGGAUCGAGGAGACGGGCGUCGCCGCGGUGGCUGUUCACGGCAGGUUAAGAGAAGAGCGUCCCCGCCAUCCUCUACACUGCGACUUCAUCAAAGCUGUGGCUGAAGCCGUCUCCGUCCCCAUCAUCGCAAA